UCCUGGAAGCUGCUUCUUCACAGAAAUAUUCUUCUCUGUAGUGUAGAAAAUGUUCAUGGUUAAGUCAGUUGAUUUUUUUAAAGUUAUGCAAGUGGCUUUCAGCCUUUGAAACAAUGGGAAAUCAUUCACAUUUUAAAAGUAAUUACAAAAUCUUGAUUUGAAAAGAGCACCAAGCAAAGAACAAAAUGGAUUUCUUUCUCGGGUAGCUCACUGAGAAGAAUUCAAUGACCUAGGAACCUCCUUUGUGUGUCUGUGUGCACUCAUAUGAUCUUUUUUGUAGAUUUUUUAAAUUUAGAAUUUUGUGGUUUCAUUUUUAUUUUGUGGAACCUUUCUCAGCUCAUUUUAUGUUGCUCACUGUUUCAUGUAUAUAAAAUUUAUAGGCUCAUUUUGAAAUAAGCUAGAGAAGCAAUUCUACUUUUCAGUCUAAUAAUUUUAGAGUUGAGCCACUACUUACUGUAAUUUGCCAAUAAGUGAUAGAAUUAAACCCUUGCAACUGCUUUUCUGGUGUAAAAGCUACAAUUUCGUCUUUAAGAAAAAAUAUACUGGAACAUUUAAACAACUAGGCAAGCUAUGUAGAAUAUUGCUCCAUCCCUCUAUGACUUGAUUGUUAAAUUGUAAAAUUUUAGGCUGCUCACCCCUUCAAAGGCUGCUUUUUGUCCACUUACAUAAAUGUGGAUCUUACACAGAUCUCUGUUGCUCUUUGGCCAAGUGCCCUGAUUUUAGUGUUUUUAGGUGGCUGUAGAAGACCCAUUUCCUUUUUUUUUUUUUUAAAUAUCUUUGCAGUGUGCCGGGCUCUCUUUGCAAGCUGUGAAGUUACAUAGGAGGGCUGGGUGACUGGCUCUGGGCUCAAAUUGAGUUCCUAGUUAGGUGCUCAUGUAGAAGAAGUCCAAGUUAGUCUUUGAAUUGAGUGCUGUACCUGCCUUGUACAGCAGGUUGCACGUAGAUAACCUGACCUAGCUUUUUUUUCUAGCAUUUGUGUGUUCUUUCACAAAGCUGUGCUGUGCUACAGUAUUGCUCACCCUUCUUGUGGUGUGCAGUCAUGACUUACUAUGAAUGGCAGCUCUUACUGUAGUUCCUAAAAAAAAAUAGGAAAAAUGUCUGCUCAUGUCCAUCAGCUAAAUUGUGGGCCUCGUGUAUGUUGGCUGAAUGCUAUGAAAUAUGGUAGGAAAUUAGUACAGCAGAACACGAUGCAAAAUAAUAUCAGAGGGAAAGCUAACAAACCUAAUCUGUUUAUUUGACAUUUAUUUUACCCACUCACUUUCACAUAGAUUUCAUUCACUCAUAUCCUCGCACCCACACACUUGGAAGCAAUGAGAUGUUUUGUGCAACACAGAGAGCUGGGAACUGCCUCAUGUGUCCUCAUCAUGGGUUCUUGAUUGGUGCUGGAAAAACUUUUUAAAAUGCUUUAAGAGUGUCCUUUUGCUAUUCCUGUUGUGCUAAUGGGGAGAGGAAUGCUGUGUAUGACAUGCUGCACAGUCACUGCCAGCCUCCUGUUGCUGCUGUCUUCCCUCAAAGAGUCAUUUGCACUGAGCUUUAAUCGGAGUGUGGCCAUGUGUGCUGGACAAAAACAACGGGAUCCUCAGUCUGGCUGAGUAAAAAGGAUUCUUUGCCAUCCAUACAGACCAUUCUUUUAACUUGCUUUGCUGUUAUUUUUUGGUGCUUUCUCUUUCUGUGUUGACAGUCACAUUUCAUUCACUGCCAUCUUGAAUAUUUCUAUUACGAGUCUCUGCAGCACAGCUACAGGCCAAGUGAUCUCUGUGGGGCAUCUCUAAUACUUUUACCAUAAAUGAUGCCGCAUUUUGUUGUCUUUCAUGUUUUACAGCAAUUUAUGCAUUUCUAUUUUAGACUACUUCAGCUGUAUAAUGAGCUACAGAAGCGUUAUGUUAAAGAAACCAAAACAAACAAGGAGCAAAGUGAAGCAAUUAAAAAUCUCACUGGAUUUUGUGCUGACAAAAAGCCCAAUGUGAUCCUUUAAGCAGUCCAAGCUGUUUUCAUCUGAGAGGAGGACUUGAGCCAUUGUUUUAUGCUGGUACUGCAAUGCUGAGUUCUAGCUCAACUGCUGUGAAGAAUCUCCCUCUGAAGAGGAGGCUCUGUUUUCUGCUGAAACUUGUGGGCUUUGUCAGCUCAGUGUUAAUAUUUUGUGAAUUUUUAAUUUACUAUGUGGUAAUAUUUCAAUGCCGAUGGCCAAACGUGAAAGGUGGAGCUCACGUGGCUGAAAAAGAGACUUCAGCUUCAGUCCUAAAGGCCAUAAUUUUAGCUGAUACACACCUACUUGGUGAAAUCAAAGGACAUUGGCUGGAUAAGCUAAGAAGGGAAUGGCAAAUGGAGAGAUCUUUUCAAACUGCCUUAUGGUUACUGCAGCCAGAUAUUGUUUUUAUUCUGGGAGAUGUUUUUGAUGAAGGAAAAUGGAGCUCACCUCAGGCCUGGGCAGAUGAUGUCAGGAGGUUCCAGAAAAUGUUCAAGCACUCAGUUUUUACGGAGCUGGUGGUCAUCGCUGGCAAUCACGACAUCGGCUUUCAUUACGAAAUGACUACUUACAAGGUAAAUCGAUUUGAAAAGGUUUUCAACUUUACUUCAGGAAAGCUGAUAACUCGGAAAGGAAUAAACUUUGUCCUAGUGAACAGUGUAGCCAUGGAGGGUGAUGGCUGUGCUGUCUGCCGUACCUCAGAGGCAAAACUUGAGGCACUUUCUCACAAACUGAAUUGCUCUCAGCAGAAACCAAAUCACUCCAACAAAAGAUGCAGUGAUGUGGAAAAGCUUCCAGCUUCAGAACCCAUCCUUUUACAGCAUUAUCCUCUCUAUCGGAAAAGUGAUGCUGAAUGCACUGGAGAAGAUUCUGCUCCUCCAGAGGAGAAAAACAUCCCCUUUAAAGAGAAAUAUGAUGUACUGUCUCAAGAGGCAUCACAAAAGCUGCUCUGGUGGUUUCAGCCCCGUUUGAUUCUCAGUGGGCACACUCAUAGUGCUUGUGAAGUGCUGCACGCAGGGAAAAUUCCAGAAAUCAGUGUCCCAUCAUUCAGUUGGAGGAAUAGAAACAAUCCUAGUUUCAUCAUGGGCAGCAUAACACCAACUGACUUCUCCCUCCAAAAAUGCUUCCUUCCAUUUGAGAGCAGAGUCUUCACUAUCUACUGUGCAGCAGGUGCUCUGCUUGUGAUCCUGGUACUAGCUCAUGUUCAGCUUCUCACUCCACCGUUUUAUUUUGCUCAGCGUUUAAUCAGUAAGCAUAAAGCAGUAUGAAGAGCCAGACAUCUGCAUUCAGUCACUGAAAUACCAAAGCUGAGAACAGUCAAACAUCAGACUAUAUUCAUGCCAGCAAAUGACCUAAUUUGAUUGCUAGUCUGAAGGCAGGUUGCAUUUACACAUACCAUAGAAGUCCUAUACAGCUGAUAUGACUACUACAGGAUAAAUAAUUAACUGAAAUGAACGUUUCAUGCUGUACAAAAAUACUGUAUUCGACAAUCAAAUGAGUCCUUUUCCUGCUAUAAUUUUUGUAUCAAAUAUGUAUAUUAAAAGUGUAACUGUACAUUA